UUACUUCUGUUGUAGAUAGCUGAUUAAUUAGAAACUAUUGUUUUUAAUAUUCAAAGAUGUUGGAGGCACAGUAUAGUGAUAGCGAAGAAGAAAUAAGUGUUAAGGUUAAGUCAGUACGAUUUUCAGAUGUUCCACAAAUAAAAACUCUUAGCAGUGAUAGCAGUGAAGAAGAUGAGGACUAUAAUUCAGACGAAUACUUUCAUGAUUCGGAUGACCCGAGUCAAAACAAAAAGAAAAGCAAUGUCAACUCUCAAGCACCAUCGAGUAAAAUCACAACGUACCAGCCUACAGAAAAAUUAUUCAAGAAAUUCGUUCACAAAAUAAAUGUUGAUCAAUACGAACCUAUUUCAAGAAAGACAGAGAAAUUUAUGGACAUUAAUGAUAGAAAACUUGAUAAUGAGAGGAUACGAAUUAAAGACAAACAUGACAGAGCCACAGCUGAGCAAGUUAUGGACCCUCGCACCAGGAUGAUCCUAUUUAAACUACUUAACCGAGGCAUCAUAGAUGAGAUAAAUGGUUGCAUAUCCACAGGUAAAGAGGCCAAUGUUUACCAUGCAACCUCUAUGGAUGGAAAAGACUAUGCCGUUAAGAUAUUCAAAACCUCAAUUUUGGUGUUCAAAGACAGAGACAAAUAUGUAUCAGGCGAAUACAGAUUUAGAAAUGGUUAUUGUCGUUCUAAUCCCCGAAAAAUGGUUCGCACAUGGGCUGAAAAGGAAAUGAGAAAUCUUGUAAGAAUGCAUAAUGCAAACUUAAGUGUACCAGAGCCAGUAAUUUUACGGAGUCAUGUGUUAGUAAUGUCAUUUAUAGGAGAAAAUGGUUGGCCUUCACCAAAAUUAAAAGAUGUUGAAUUGACCGAGUCUGAAGCCCAGACUAUGUACAGAGAUCUUAUAAAAAUGAUGUGGAAAAUGUUCAAUAUUUGUAAAUUAGUGCAUGCUGAUCUAUCAGAAUUCAACCUGUUGGUACACAAAGGGAAUGCAAUCAUUAUUGAUGUGUCCCAGUCAGUAGAACAUGAUCAUCCUCAUGCUUUUGAAUUUUUGAGGAAAGAUUGCACAAACAUAUCAGAUUUCUUCAGGAAAAAAGGGAUUGCCACAUUGACAGUCAAAGAAUUGUUUGAUUUCAUCACUGAUUCUACUAUAAAUGAGAGCAACUUGGAAGCUUGUCUUGAUAAAUUGUCUGCAAAGGCCGCUCAAAGGAACCUUGAUGACAUGACGGCUCAGGAACAGAUUGAGGAAGAGGCUUUCAAGAAUAUCUACAUUCCUAAAAGACUGACUGAGGUGAUAAAUUAUGAAAGAGAUAUCAAUAAAGCAAAGACAGGUAAUGCAGAAGAAUUGGCUUAUAAGAAGAUUGCUGGCUUCAAAGAGGAUUUGUCAGCAGCGGACAAGCCUGAGAUAUUGCAAGAGGAUAUUUUACAAGAAGAUGAUAUUAAUGAGGAUUCUGGUUCUGAAAGUGAUUCAGAGGGAGAAAGUGGUGAUGGCGAAGAAGAAUCAAGAAAACAAUUUAAAAACUGCGCUAGGCCCCGAGAUGAAUCACCAAACAGCAAGAAAUUAAGAAAGAAAGCUGUGAAAGAAGAAAAAGCAGAGAAAAGGAAAACAAAAACUAAGAAACAUAUUAAAAAGCGACGCGACAAAGGAUCAGGAAAGAGAUAGAUUAGAUAUACUAUUAUAAGCCAA